AUGGAAACAGAAGGCCAGAUUCCAAAUGAUGGCUGUGUCUCUACAUCAGACAGUGCAACUGAAAAGGAGAGUGUAGGAACAAGUGAUGUUAAGAACCCCAAGUCAUGUCCACGUGUAUUCAAGUGUCCAGAGUGUGGCAAAGAGUUGACAACAUCAAGAAACUUGCAGACACACAUGUUGAUUCACAAAGGAAUCAAGCCUUACAAGUGUAGUCAGUGUGGUAAAAAAUGUUACACAACUAGUGACCUGAACAAGCACAUGAGGAUUCACAGUGGAAUCAAGCCUUAUGAGUGUACUGUGUGUAGCAAUACAUUUACCGAAUCAGGCAGUCUGCGGAUCCACAUGCGAUGUCACAGUGGCAUCAAGCCCUAUGAGUGUACUGUGUGUGGUAAAGCAUUUGCACAAUCAGGUAGCCUGGGUCGACACAUGACGAGCCACAAUGGGAUCAAGCCCUAUCUGUGCAGUGAGUGUGGGAAAGCGUUUCCACGAUCCUGUUCCUUGCAAAGACACAUGAUGGGUCACAAUGAAAACAGGUCUUUUGAGUGCAGUGAGUGUGUGAAAACAUUUUCAACAUCUAGAAACCUGCAGCGACAUAUGAAGUGUCACAGUGCAGUCAAACCCCAUGUGUGCAGUGAAUGUGGCAAGGCGUAUGCACUGUCAGGUAGCCUGCUGGCACACAUGAGGUCUCAUAGUGGGAAAAAGCCUCAUAAGUGUAGUGAAUGUGGAAAAGCAUUUACAGAGGUAUACCAACUUCGCACACACAUGAAGAGCCACAGUGGAGUCAAGCCCCACCAGUGUAGUGAGUGUGGGAAGGCAUAUCUGGAACUAGGUAAUCUGAACAUACACAUGAGGUGUCACACUGGCAUCAAGCCUUAUGAGUGUGGUGUAUGUGGGAAAGCUUUCGCACGAUCGAAUGACCUGGAGAGACACAUGAGGCAUCACAGUGGUGUGAAGCCUUACCAGUGCAAGGAGUGUGAUAAAGCAUUUGCACAAUCAGGUACCCUGAAGCGACACAUCAUGAGCCACAGUGGAGUCAGGCCUUUUCUCUGUAAUGUGUGUGGGAAAGCUUUUACGCGAGCCACCAUCCUGAACAAACACAUGAAGUGUCACAAUUGA